GAAGCGGCGCACGCCAUGGCGGGGCUGCCGAGGCUGGCUGUGCACCUGAACCGCCUCGGGCCGCCUCGGGCUCCCUGGGCCCGGGCUGCGCUGCACGAGGCGGCCCCGCAGCGGGACGUGCUGCUCUUCGAGCAUAAGCGCGGCCGUUUCUUCGCCUUCCUGGGCUUCUUCUGCGCCGGUCAGGGCGUCUUCUGGACGUCGCUGGCCGCGGCUGCCUUGGCCGGGCCCAGGGGUGGCGUUCAGGGCCCAGAGGCCGAGGGCGGCGUUCAAGGCUCAGGGCGCCGGCCCAGCCCGGGCUCGACACUCUGGCGCUACGGACUGGCCGCAGGCUGCGCCUCUGUGGGCUUGCUGGUGCUGGCCGCUGGGCUGCUCUUCUCCCGGCGCUCCGUGAGCUCCGUGCUGCUGCGCAAAGGGGGGCAGCAAGUGACGCUGACCACGCACGCCCCCUUCGGCCUGGGGGCCCAGCUGACCGUGCCCCUGCACCAGGUGUCCUGCAUGGCCCACCGCGGGGAGGUGCCCGCCGUGCUCCCCAUCAAGGUCAAAGGCCACCGCUUCUACUUCCUCUUGGACAAGGCCGGCCACUUCCCCAACAUGCGGCUGUUCGACCUCACCGUGGGGGCCUACCGGGGCCUAUGAACCCCCUACCCUCGUUCCCCACGUGGAGACGUAUAAAUAAAGAGACAGGAAAGCCCA